AGAAAUUUAAAGAUGGCUGCCCCCAUAGAAUAAAAUUGUCCACUUCGAUAAGACAAAUUCUUUAUAACAUGGCUACUAUUUUAAAACAUUGGAGAGAGGCAGCUACUCUGAUUAUUGCUGCUAAAUCGAAGAAUAUUGCAAACAAAUACUCUUAUGAAAUUUUGAUGCUGAAAAGAAGUGGGAAAAGCAAAUUUAUGCCAAGCUUGAGUGUGUUUCCAGGGGGCGUGGCAGAAGAUGCUGACUUUUCCCCAGAAUGGGUUGACGUCUUCUCCUCUCUUGGCAAUGAUGUAUGGUCACAGACAUUUGCCCAUUUUGCUAAGGUGGGGAAAGGUCCUCCAAUGUUUAGCAGACAAAGGGAUGAUCAUUAUUCGAAAAUCCCAAGUGAAGUUGCCUUUAGAAUCUGUGCUAUAAGAGAGACAUUUGAAGAAUGUGGAAUAUUGCUAACCAGAUCUUCAAAUGACAAUAAAAUACAUACCUUAACAGAAUCUUCAAGUAUAUCAAAGAAUUAUGGCAAAACUGGUAAUAUUGCUAUAUCUGAUUUUGAGACGUGGAGGGAGAAAGUAGAUAAAGAUGCAACACAAUUCAUCAAAAUGUGCCAAGAAUUUGAUAUGGUUCCUGAUAUAUGGUCAUUAACAGAAUGGUCAAACUGGUUGACACCUGUUAGUUUGGCAAGAAGAUCAUCGGGAACUGAUGAAGGUUCCAAAAGAAGAUAUGAUACUGCAUUCUUUCUUUGUUUAUUGGACACCGUACCAGAUGCUAUGCAUGAUGAUAAAGAAACUGUACAUUUACAGUGGUCUCCACCAGAUGAGUUAAUUAAAAGUCAUUUAGAAUCUAAAGUUAAACUGGCUCCACCACAGAUUUAUGAAAUAUGUAGAUUUCUAAAUUUUAAAGAUAUGGAGGAGUUGAAUGAAUUUUGCUUGACCAGAAUCGACAAAAGAGUAACAAGAAAUUUUCCAGUACCUGCUAUCUGUGAUGAUGGAAUCUUUGUUCUUUAUCCAGGGGAUGAUCUUUACCCAGAGGAUCCAGAUGUCUAUGGUGCUAAGGAACCACUCAUUAUUCAAGAAACUUUGAGAGAAAUUCAUCUGAAAUAUCCACAUCAUAAUCGUUAUGUUUUAAAAGACAAAGAAAGUCACAGAGAUUUUAUUAACGAUGUUAAAUUUCUGUGUAAUGUUACUCAAGGAGAUGGACAUGUUAUACCUGUAACAGACUUGUCUUUCCUUGGAAUGCCUAGGGCAAGGUUUUAAAGACUAGGGUAAGAAAUGAUUCAUUGUUAAGGAUUAUAUUAAUAUCAGAAUAAUUUACAUAAAAAAUUUGAUGUGAUAGAUUAAUACAAAUGUAUGUAAAAAUUCAAAUAUAUAAAAUUGAGAAUGUGUUUAUAUGAAUAUUAUUAAGCAGCAUUGAAAUUUUUCAAAGAUGUAUGAAAUUGUUAGUGUCCUGUUUACAGUAUUAUAUAUAUUAAGUCAGUUUUUAUAUCACUUUUGUAACUUUACCAGAGAAGGACCAUGAUUUAAAAGUUAAGAAAAAUUAGGUGAUAUUUCAGAUUUUAAUGAAAUUUUGUAAAAAUGUAGAACAGGUUGUACUGUUUAAAUAUUGCAAAAAUCUGUCCAGAGUUUUGUUUUAAAAUGAUAUGUUAUUGUAAAUUAUAUCUUUGUUUGAAACACAUUUAUCAUAAUUUAUUUUUUAUUGCCAGUAGUAUUUUUUUUAACAAACAAACCUCAAGUCACACUCUGUUCACUAGUCUUGUUCAACAUAUACCUUGUUUGUUUAUUAUCCUCCAGAUUCUGAUAUAGACAUAUGUCCAGAAUCCUCUGCUUGUUUAAAAAAAAGAACAGUAUAUUUUACGUCCUUAUUUUUAUCAAUACUAGGUAAAAGUGAAUUACUUCUCCUGAACAACACACACACACCAAGAUCUAUACAUGUUUGUUCUGUUUACACAGCAUUUUGAAUUUAUGUGUAAUUUUGUUAAUUGUCAUAUCUAGGUUCAUAAUGUUAUUCAGAUAGUUUAAGAGGUUACUUUAUUUAUGUUCAAGAUCUUAUGCUAUAUCAUUGAAAUAUUGAUUUUAAUAAAUUCCUACCUCAAGAACAAUUGAUGCUUCUAAAAUAUUUAUAGAAACAAUCAUGGUAAUUGUUAUGUUAAUAAAUUAUUCAUUAAACAGUUCAA